ACACAGCAACACUAGUGCCACUCGGGAGGUUGGUGUUGUUGGUUGUAUUACUUCGAGGAAGCAGGAAUGUUAUGACGUGCAGUACUGCCUUUGUUUCGAUAGUAUACAGUUUUGAUUUAAUCCAAGAAUUCAACAAUAAUGUGAUAUAGAACGCACUAUGUUUACGUGCGGUCGUAUGGCGACAUGAUUCUUUCCAAAGUAUGAUCGUGCCAAUAGGAGUUAUUAGCAUAGUUAGGUGCCCGUAUUGGUUAAGUUGUGUGAAUGUUGUGCCAAUAAUGAGAUAGUGGAGUGUUGUGAUGUGGUUAUGGGACAUGUGGGGCGUGCUGUGGGCCGUGGGGGCUGUGGGCCGGCUGGAUGGUAGUGGUGGCUACGCCGUUGGAGCCCGCGCCGCUGGUCCCGCAAGGGUUGUCACUAACGCCGUUCGUGCGGCACUGGCAGCCGGCCUCGUAUGAGCCGGUGGGCGGGCACCGGCGGCGGCGGUCCACCGAGCCCGCGUCGCCGCCGCCACCACCGACGCCGCAGCCGCUGCGGCUCACCUUCCACGCACAGAACAGAGACUUCAAACUGGUGCUGCGGCCAGACCCAAGUUCAGUGUUCGCGGACGGCGUCCAAUUCCAUACUUCAGCGGGGCAGAUGGACUACAACACGGCCCAAGUUUACUCGGGGAAGUUAGAAGAUGACGAUUCGUCUCACGUUUACGGUAUAAUUACUGCAGACGGUCUAUUUGACGGAACGAUCUGGACGCCAACAGAGGAGUACUACGUGGAGCCAUUGUCUAGAUAUAACGUAGAACAUCCCAACAUGCACAGUGUCAUAUACAGACGGUCAGAUGUCCAGCACCCGCACGAGAACAGUGAAGCGGCCCCCUGCGCCUCACAUCUUCUGCAUCUCAAACGCACGCUCGGAACCAAAGCUGAGUUAUUCAAUUUUACUGAACAUCGACCUCCCCAACUGUCUUCUCUGAACAACCACUCUGAAGAUUUACGCAGUGAAUUACACAGACGCAAGAAAAGAUGGCUCCCCGAAGACGAGAUGCAAGAUGACGAGCCAAAGAAAAAUCCCGAAUUACCCUUAGACUUAGACGUCCCCUACACUAGUAACGGCGAGCCGUUCGAUAAUAAGCUUAGCACGAGAAAACCGAAAACCAAAAUCGAUAAAAGUAACCUCAUCACGAAGGUGCGACUCGACUCCGAAGAGUCGAGACCGAAGCCAAAGACUCACGUGGAAGUGAUCAAAACGAAAGCGGGCGUCGUCACAGUGAGCAAAGACAUAGUUAAGAAAGAGCCCGUGGGCUACACGGUGCUGUCGGCCAACGCGACCGACGACGGCCGCCAUGUUAACAAGAGAGCCACCGUCGACCCCAGGAAAACAACGUGUCUAGUGUAUUUACAAGCGGACCACAUGUUCUACCAGAGAUACGGCUCGGAGGAGGCGUGCAUCGAGGUCAUGACGCGACACGUACAGAAAGUCAACGCCAUAUACAAAGUGACAGACUUCAAUCAAGACGGCAAGCCAGACAACAUCACAUUUAUGAUCAAAAGGAUAAAGGUUCACACGUUGGACGCGCUAAAAGAUCCGGCUUAUAGAUUUCCCAACAACUACGGUGUGGAAAAAUAUUUGGAGCUUUUUUCGGAGGAGGAUUACGACGCGUUUUGUUUGGCAUACAUGUUUACGUAUAGGGAUUUCGAAAUGGGCACGCUGGGACUCGCCUGGACCGGCGACCUUAAAAACGCCGGUGGCGUCUGUGAGAAGAACGGGCAUUACCGGGGCAGCAUGAAGUCUCUGAACACGGGAAUAGUCACGUUGCUGAACUACGGCAAACACGUGCCGCCUGCCGUCUCACAUGUCACACUCGCACACGAAAUUGGACAUAAUUUUGGAUCACCGCACGAUCCUGAAGUAUGCACGCCAUUUGGAGAAGACGGCAACUACAUAAUGUUUGCCCGAGCGACCAGUGGUGACCGUAAGAACAACAAUAAGUUCUCUCCGUGCUCGCUGCGGGCCAUCGACCCGGUGCUCAACAACAAGGCCAGAUCACCUAAAGGUUGCUUUACAGAGCCUCAACCAGCGAUAUGCGGGAACGGCGUGGUGGAGGAAGGCGAGGAAUGCGACUGCGGCUGGGCUUCGGAGUGUACCGAUGUAUGCUGCAGACCACAGGCGGCGCGCCCGCACUACAAGCCUUGCACGCUCACCGAGCACAGUGUCUGCAGCCCCAGUCAGGGUCCGUGCUGCACUGCGUCGUGCACGCUCAAGUUCGGCGACAAGUGUCGGUCGGACAACGGCUGUCGCGACGCGGCCCACUGUGACGGCAAGCGCCCCGCCUGUCCCGCCAGCCGCCACAAACCAAACCGAACGCGCUGCGACAAGGAACUCGUGUGUUAUAUGGGAGAAUGCACGGGGUCCAUCUGCCUGGCGUACGGUCUGGAGUCGUGCCAGUGCUCGGCGCGUGCGGAGGACCCGCGCUCGGCGUGCGAGCUGUGCUGCCGCAAGCCGGGCGGCCAGUGCAUCUCCUCCUUCCGAUGGAACACCGCGCCCUACGACGUGCCCGACAUGUACUCCAAGCCGGGCACGCCGUGCAAUGAUUAUAAUGGGUACUGCGACGUGUUCCAACGGUGUCGCGAGGUGGACCCGUCAGGCCCGCUGGCCACGCUGCGUAAACUCUUGCUAUCUGACGAGAGUAUAGCCGGCUUCAAACGAUGGGUGCUACGUCAUUGGUACGCGGUGCUGCUCAUCCUACUCGCGGUUAUUGCGCUCUUGGUGGCAAGCACACGUUUCUUCGGUCGUCACGGGAAAAAGCUCAAAUCAGUGACAAUAAUCCACUCCUCCACGACAGAAACCGUCCGUCUGCCCGACGGUGCUGAUCAGGGACUCAUAGUCCAUACUGCCGUUAGGUCAAAACUGCCACUAAACAAAAAAGUAGCUUUAAGAACACGAGCCUAUCGUAACAAGAAAGAUCUCAAGAAGCAAGGAGACAAACCAACUCCUUCGCACAAUGCCAACAAAAAGAGAAAGCCAAGUAACCAAGCAAAACUAGAUGAAGUCCCUAAUGUCACAAAAGAAAACACAGCAAUAGUCACCAACGCCGAAGGGAAAUCUCCUAAACACGUCAUACUAUCUAAACAUAAAGGUAAAGUAAAGAAACGAAAAAUGAAAAUGAAGAAAGAGACAAUAGACUACAGUUCUAUGCAGAAGCACCCCGCUUCCCCGACCAAAGACAACGAAGCGUUGUCAAAGGUACAGAAAUGGCUGCUCAGCUCUCCGCAACCGAUAGGCAUACCAAAAUCAAAAUCUAUACCACUUGGAUUAACUGAACGAAAUCAUAGACAAGUUCCGAAAGGCACUCGCAAAACUAGACCGUCCAAAAGUGCAACCAACUUGUUGUCUGGCGAAAAAGCUAGACUACAAGUUGUAUUUAAACCACCAUUCAGAUUCAGUGUGAAGAUUUGCAAGAGCGAUAAGACGAAAGUCGUCCUUGACAAGUCAUCCAAGCCCGAUGUAGACAGAAAACGUCAUGAAGUUAUGUCUCAGCAACCCGUGCCGGAACCUAUAAAAGUAAUUCCAUCCAACAGAAACUCUAAGCACUCUAAUUCUUCUAGAAACACUGAAAGCACAUCGUCGUCGACCAGUCCUAAGUCACAAAACCAAGACGGUAAAGAACACGGCUAUGCUAAUUUGUUGCCGCGUAGCGCCAGUGAUUGUAAACUAACUAAGAAAAUCCCAGAAGUUAAAAUCCGGAACGGUCAUAAAAAAAGUAACUCAGUCGGGCAAAAGAAAGACACUACUGAAAGCAAACAAAAUCUAAUAUCUCAGGAAGACUUCGACAACGCUCAUGUCUACGAAAAUGUAGUCAUGUCUCAAGAUUCGUUUGUACCGAAAAGUUGCAGUAUGCCGCGACGACAAACCGCCGUGGGUAUAUCACGGCAGAGCAGCUACGGCCACCUACCCCGAGCUCAAAUCCGCCCACAUAGACAUAGUACAAACAACGUGACCAGAUCCAGGAACAACAGUGCCAGCGAGCUCGAACAUUUCUACAACGUCAUCGAAUCAUUAAAAAGAACUAACAAAAAAGACUUUAAUCCGAGUAACACUAACACGAGCAGCUCAUCGGGCAGCAGCAGGCACGGCCUACCCUUAAAUAAAAGUAAUUCUAACCGGAAAGGUGGCAGCAGGAGUUCUCGACAAAACAGUCUAGUCGAUAAACCUUCGCGUGCCAGUCCAAUCGAGUCAUCGGCGGCCAAACUGAAGAGGCAAUUCAGUGAGGCCGAACUGGGUAACCGGCAAUGUGACAGUGGUCUGAGGGGCUUCCAACUGGUGGUGGGUAAGGACAAGCUGAAGAGACAACUGAGCGACAACGAGCUGUGCAAGUCGCGCGUGCAGCUGGCGAUGCCAAUGUCGGCGGGUGCGGCGCCGGUGUGGCGGCGCGGCGGGCUGGCGCACGCGCGCACGUACACGUUCGGCGACCUCAAGCACAGCGCGCCCGACGCCGCGGAGCGGGCCGACGCGCCGCCCGACGACGUCCACAUCUCUUCCGACGACUUUUUGAAAAUCAUUGAUAAUUAACAUUCCCCGGUGGUCUCUUAAGUCUUAAGAAUAAAUCGUUAUAGUUAUUUUUAAAAUAUGAACAAAUUAUUAAUGUGUAUAUUAGAUAUCUAAUCGCAAGGUGUAACUGAUGUCGGCUGUUGUAAAUAUUGUAAUUUGCUUUUAUUUUUAGGUAUUAAACGUAUCCUGCCACUGAAACAGAUCAUUGCUCAGUCCCAUACGUAAGACGAUAGGUACGCGAGUGUGUACGACCGGCACGAGUGGUAAUGGCAACGAUCUUAUGAAUAGUUUUGUUUUGGAUAAAACAUUAUACCCAAACACUACGUGUGUUUUUUCUCGUUCCUUAUUUAUUAAAGAUAUUUCCGCUACUGCAUUUUAACAAACAGUGAGCCAGUCUUCGAGUACUUAUGGUUAAAACAAAAAAUAAGGAGUACUACAUGCUGGCAAUGAUCUAGUUUCACUGUACGAUCUCUAUAAAAUGAAUCUCUAUUUUUUCUACAUGCUAUGUAUUGUACAAAUUUACUCAAACCUAUGUAAAGUGUUCAUAUAACAUUAUUUUGAUAC